CAUAAUUUCCCAGCUGAUCGUCUGACAUGUAAAAUCAAACGAAUUUCCAUUUUUCCAUCGCGUCUCUCAUCAAAAAUUCCAGUGAACUUGAACCGCCCGCACCAGCCGCCAUCGUCCGUUAAAAAUCAGCCGCUCAUCAUGUCGCACUACAGCGACGCCGAGGAAUCGUACGACGGCCAAAUGGAGGACGGUCUGCGUAAACGUAAACGCUGGGACUUGGACAGCGAGUCCAUCGCCUCCGAGAUCAAGGAUCUGCUCGACGAAGAUGUUAACUCGUUGAUGGAGGAGGACUGUGUCGGCUGUCCCCUGCCUUCGACACCUGAAGAUGAGAACAUCUUGGAUUCGGAAAUGAGUGAUGUACUCAAGGCGGCUGUUCUAGGUACAGGGGACGAGCUCGACAUCAGUGCGUUGGCCCACAAUGCCGCCUCCCAGGCUGAACAUGUCGUACGCAAAAUGAUCCAGGCUGGAUGGUCAGUUUGCCACUUUAGGAAUUUGCCGGCGUGGCUGCAAGACAACGACUUCCUAAUCUUCGGCCAUCGUCCUCCUCUCCCCAGUUUCCGCGAGUGCUUCAAGAGCAUGUUCCGCCUCCACACCGAAACCGCGAACAUCUGGACACACUUGUUGGGCUGCGUAGCUUUUAUUGGAAUUGCCAUUUACUUCUUAAUGCGACCGGUCAUCGAGAUUGAACUGCAGGAGAAGAUCGUCUUCGGGGCAUUCUUCGCUGGAGCCAUUAUUUGUCUGGGAUUCUCAUGUCUGUUUCACACGUUGAAUUGCCACUCGCAGUUUAUUGGGAAGCUGUUCUCGAAGCUUGAUUAUUGUGGCAUCGCCUUGUUGAUCAUGGGCUCCUUUGUGCCGUGGCUUUAUUACGGUUUCUAUUGUCAUUUCAAGCCUAAGGUGGUGUAUUUGUCUGUGGUAUGCGCACUAGGAAUAACGUCGAUAAUGGUGAGUCUGUGGGAUAAGUUCUCCGAGUCCGGCUGGCGACCGUUCCGUGCGGCCGUUUUCAUGACGUUCGGACUGUCCGGCAUCGUGCCCGCCAUCCACUACGGCAUUGUCGAGGGCUGGUUCAACAAAGUGAGCCAAAAGUCCCUGGGCUGGCUGAUACUGAUGGGUCUGCUGUACAUCUUCGGCGCAGUACUGUACGCACUGCGCGUGCCCGAACGGUGGUUCCCCGGCAAAUUCGACAUAUGGCUCCACUCGCACCAAAUAUUCCACGUCUUUGUGCUGGGCGGCGCGCUGGUCCACUACCACGGCAUCUCUGAGAUGGCGAUGCAUCGCGUGACCAUAGGCCAGUGUGAGAUGCCCGACAACCUGAUCUACUGAGGUUGCGGUUCACUCGAUAUUCUAAAAUAUUUUUACAAUUUUAUUUUGGUACCCCCCACGAACGUGUUUUAUUUCAAUUUUUUUGUUGUUGUUUUUGUUUGUGGUCGGUACGCUCUCUCGAUGGUCCAUUGUUCUAAAUGUCCGUACCAAAGAUUUUCGUAGCUUAAUUUUGUUUUUUUUUUUUAACUUAGACUGUUUCACGUGGUUCAUUCAUUAACAACGUUUUUUGGGUUUGGUUUUUAAAUCAAGAAUCGAGACUAAAAUCGUCUAUUUAAAAAGGUAUAUAUUUUGCUAUUAUUGUCUUAAAAAUAUAUAUAUAUGGAAUAUAUGUGAGGGUAUAACCGUGUACAUAUAUAAAAACUAGGUGAUAAAAUAAUUAAUAUCAACGUGCAAAGUUUAAUCCGUUACAUAAUAAUUUUAUUUUAGUGAUUUUGUAUGUACUUUAAUUUUACCUCCGGAUUAAACAUGAAACUACGUUCCACUUAUUACUGAUAAUUAAUUCAUUUUGAUUUAAUGUGAUAGAUACCUGAUUUUAUGAUACUUAUUUUGUAAUGAGUUUUUUGUGAUCUAAAAUUGAUACGGUUAUUUCUUGGUUGACGUCGAAUAUUUUACGUUAUGAAAAAUCCAUUAUGAUGUGAGUCUGUGUAACUUAUAGCAAGUAGGAUUGUUGUAGGUUUUGUUUUCUUUACAACCUGUAUUGUUAUUUAUUAUACAAAUAAAGAUUUUGCAACGUAA